AAACACAAUACGUCAAUUCCCUGGUGUUCUAAAACGAACAGUGAAAAUGAGUAGAUGUUGAGACUUCUCAACUCAGGAGUCAGCAGCCCUUCAUGAAUCAGCAAUGAGAAUAGUGGCUCUCAAACUCGGCCGCACUUCACCGCGGAACCGGAAACAAAUCUCAGUGUCCAAGCCACUCCCUGGACUAACAGAAUUCCAGGGGGUGGACACGGGCACUGACAUUGGUUUCAAGUCCCCAGCUUCUAACAUAGAGCAUGCUUGUACACAAGCACACCUUAGCCCUGCUGAGACCUCAGAAUCACUGAAGCUUUUAAAAAACUACUAUCCUUUCAACAAGUCAACGCUGUUGAUUUUUCUUUUCUUAAUGAAAAAAAAAAUAAAAGAAAACUGGUCUUUUUUUUUUUUAAAGCUCCUAGAUGUUUCCUCUGUGUCAGCCAGGGCUGGGAACGACCGGGCCACACUCUGAACGUAUACAUUUUGCUCUGUCGAAGCAACCACUGCAGGCCCAACACGUUUCCCUUGGAGCUACCCCUAGACCAGUGUGAAAACACCCCUCUGCUGGAGGCGGGAGGAAUUCCACUGAAAACUAAAAAAUGCUCAGGUUAAAAGUCAAGUUUUCUUAAUUUCAACAUAGACAUUUGUUUGGAGACUUCCCUGAUGGUUCAGUGGUUAGGACUCCGAGCUUCCAACGAAAGGGAUGUAGGUUCAAUCCCUGACUGGGAAACAAAGAUCCCACAGGCCUCAUGGCCUGGACAAAAAAGUUUUAUUUGAAUGUGUAAAUUCCCCUAUUUUAGCUUCAUCAGUUUUAACAGUAGCUGAAUGGGAAGAGAAAACAUAAAAGAACAAUCUUAUGUACAAGAUGACACUCUGAGUAAGUUUUUAUGACUGAGCAGAAAGUCCUGGAAACAGCGCUUCUGUUGGCACAACAGAUACAGGAACAGGUGAAAAAGCUGGACUCUGAGGGAAAAAUGCGUCGUGUUCAUGGAUACGAUUCUCAGCAGUUCUAGGUCAGUUCUAGAACUGAGCUGGAAGAACCCCAGAGAGUGGGACUGACCGAUUCUGUACUGCACCUUCCCUGAAUCCCUAGGUUCCCCACUGGAAGCUGUGCUCAUGGGAAACAUAACCAAGAGAGGCAGCAAGGGGCGGGCAGCCAAUGGGCCCAGGGGCCAGGAGGGCGGCACAGCGGCCACGCUGCACGUCCAGCUCUGCGAGGCCAUCAUGCGACAGGACUGCGCCGCGCUCCGGGCCCUGCUGAGGAGCCACCCCGUAAACCAGCCCAUGACCGUCCCGGCCAGCUCCACGGGCUAUAGCCUGGCCAACUCCAGGCAGUUCCUCAACCAGGAGACGCUGUCCUUUCCCCCCAUCCACCUGGCAGCCAAAUACCUCAAGGCGCAGAGUCUGCUUUGCCUGCUGGAGCGCGGGGCUGACCCGGAAGUCCGGGACACACAAGGCUUCACCACCCUGCACCUGAUGCUGCUGAACUGGCCCAUCACCUCGACCACGUGGACGAAGCCGAGGAACAAGAUCCAGAUGAUGCUGACGGACAUCCAGAGCGACGCCGUCCUGUGCCUCCGCAUCCUGUGCGCGCACGGGGCCCAGGUGAAUGCUCGGGUGGACAGCGGCCACAGGCACUGCCCGCUGCACCUGGCCACCAUCUACGGGACCCACUUGGUCCUGUCCAUCCUGGUGCAGAACGGGGCCCAGGUCAACGCCCAGAAUGGGUCCAGCAUGACGCCCCUGCACAUGGCUGCCGACAUACUCAACAAGGAGAUGAUGGAAACUCUGAUUGCCUGGGGGGCCAACGUCAACUGCGCCAUCUCCUCCACAGGCAACACGGCCCUGAAGCUGGCGGUGUGCACCGCGUCGAGCAAGGCCGGCCGCCUCCUGGCGGCAGGCCUCGGCUGCAUUCGCCUACUCCUGGUCCACGGGGCCCAGGUCAACGCCCGGGACCAUGAUGGUCAGGCUGCCAUCCACGAGGCGUGUUUCGGAGGCAGGGAGGUGAUCAUCAACCUCCUGCUCGAAUUUGAAGCCAACGUGAACAUCUUAACAAGAAACGGGGAGUCUCCGAUACACAUGUACCUCCAGCGUGGCUCCAACAUACGAGACACGGCCCUUCUCGCCAGGCUGCUCUUCCGCUCUUACCCUCUGAGGCUGACCGACAACCAAGGAAACCUACCUGCGGGGAUCCUGCUCCCAGAAUUCCACCUCCUAAGGGAAACCCUCCUAAAGCUAUCUCAGAAGCCCUUAUCCCUGGAAGACAUCUGUAAAAGAAACGUCAGAAAUAUUUACGGGGAGAAGCACAAACAGCUCUUGAGGCGGCUUCUCCCUGGGGAGAUGUGGAGCUCUGUCUAUGGCCAUCACGACUUAGCUCAGCUCCUGAAAUAAGCCCUCCAGGCUGCACAGGGCCACAGGGCUCCAGUGACUCCCUGCCCUUUCUGGCUAGACGUGUGCCCACAUACCUACACCGUCACCUUAUACAAAUGUACAAACUACUGGUUCUUAAACCUUUUCAAAAAAUAAAGUGAUCUGCACAG